AUGGAUAAAUCGGUUGUGCGGCAGGCGUACAACGUGGCGGCAAAGAUCUCAGGGUUCGGUAUGCUACAGCACGAUCAGAAUACGGACGCACCACCGCAGCCACUGUCCGCCAUCAACUCGAUGUUCCUGAUCGACGUGGCUAGGGGCAGUCAGACGCAGGGGAAGAAGAUGCAGCGUGCCAAGCAGAUGAAAUAUAACUAUAUUUUCAUCCUGGGUCCCAAGGAUGUUGCCGAACCUCUCGUCACAAUGGAUAUAACCAGCCAAGUGCAGUGCAAGCCGACUGGGAGUACCCAGAAGCUGCAGGACAUGAUUCCUGCCGAUUGGGAGAGCAGGCGCUACAGAAAUCCCGGGCCAUUCCAUGAAAAAUCGAUGCCGUGCAUGAUCUUCAGGUGGAAUUAG